AUUUUGAAAAUUGGCAGCCAUAUAAAUAAAUCCUAGAUUUAAAAAGUUGUUUUUAUCCAAAAUUUUCAGCCACACAACAUCACAAACAGAGUUGAGAGAAGAGGUAAAGCAGGCCUGAAUUACCUCCCUUAUAUCAGUCUUCGACAAUGGCAACUCUUCUUAUUCCAACCCCUCCAUCUCUUUUUUCCCAAUGCCGUUGGCGUAGCGGCAGUCGAUGGUCACCUAACGCAACAAUUUUCACAAGAGCGCCAACUAAUGUCAUCCUUCUGCGCCCUCCUUUAGCCUCUCUGGUUGAAGAUUCUACUCCAUCGGAUGUAGUUCCUAGCAAAGAUGGACUAGUCAAUGAAGAGUCAGAAGAGCUUCCCAUUAAGGAAAUUCCAAACGGUGGAUGUAAAACAUGCGGGAGAGCAGAAUUGGAGAAGGGCUGUAAUGGUGAGGGAAGGAUUCAAGGUGGGAUAGCAACAGUCCCUGGCUUUGGUUGGUGGCCUAUAAAGGCUUACAGACCAUGCCCUGGGUUUGUAGCAUCUGGUGGUAGGUACAGGCGACAGGGACAAAGCAUGGAUGAAGUUGCCUUUGGAAGAGGGGAGAGAGAAGCAUCAAUGUCAAGCAUUGAUGAUGUUCCAUCAAGCGAGAAAAAGCAAGGCCCAAGGAGAUUCAAGAGAUAAACCUAUAGGGUGAAUCAUGUGUUUCAUAAUUUCUAAUGAGAGGAGAUUGAGAUCAUUGCUUAGUUUGAGGAUUCUAUAUUUUGCAAUGUGCGAUUCUUGGGGUUUAACCCCACCUUAACGAGUGAACAGAAAAGAACAAGAAAAAAGACAGGAGAAAAGAAGAAAGUCAAAUAUAUAUAUUUUUGCAGUCCUACAAAAUUUGUCAAAAAGGCAUGUAUAUGAUUCAUUUGGCUAUUCUAUCGUAUUGUUUCCAAGAUUAUGGAAACCUUGAUGCAUUAUUGUAAUCAUUUAUUUCUUUUUA